AUGGCACCAUUUGAAGAAUUGUAUGGGAGGAGAUCCAGGUCUCUUAUAGAGUGGUAUGAAGUUGGUGAGACGAGGUUAUUUGAGCCUGAUCUUAUAGGAGGAGUUGCAUACGAGUUAGAGUUGCCUGCAAAUUUGGGUUCUGUUCACCCGGUAUCCCAUAUAUCCAUAUUGAAGAAGUUCAUUGGAUAUCAUUCGUUAGUGUUGCCUGUGGAGGAAAUCAAGGUGAACGAUUCCUUGACUUAUGAAGAAAAGCCUGUAGCAAUCUUAGAUCGUCAAGUAAGAAAAUUGAGGAGCAAAGAGAUAGCCUCAGUUAAAGUGCUAUGGCGAAAUCAGAAAGUUGAAGAAGCAACUUGGGAGUCAGAAAACGACAUGAGAGUUAGCUACCCAAGUCUAUUUGAUUCAGCGAAUGGUGAGAUGGAAGGUACAAUUCUUGUCUUAUAUAUUCUUUUCUAUAUCUGA